AUGAACUACGUCCAGCUCGAGAAGCUCGGCGAGGGCACAUACGCCACCGUGUACAAGGGCCGCUCGCGGCUCAACAACGAGAUCGUCGCGCUCAAGGAGAUCCACCUCGAUGCCGAGGAGGGCACGCCGUCGACGGCGAUCCGUGAGAUCUCGCUCAUGAAGGAGCUGCGCCACACCAACAUCGUGCGACUCUACGACGUCAUCCACACCGAGUCCAAAUUGAUGCUCGUCUUCGAGUUCAUGGAGCAGGACCUUAAGAAGUACAUGGAGAUCCACGGCCAUCGCUGUGCGCUCGAUCCAGUCACCGUGCGCUCCUUCAUGUUCCAGCUGCUCAAGGGAACCGCCUUCUGCCACGAGAACCGCGUGCUGCACCGCGAUCUCAAGCCUCAGAACCUUCUCAUCAACAAGCGUGGCGAGCUCAAGCUCGCCGACUUUGGUCUUGCGCGUGCCUUCGGCAUUCCCGUCAACACAUUCUCAAACGAGGUCGUGACGCUCUGGUAUCGUGCGCCCGACGUUCUGCUUGGCUCGCGAACCUACUCGACCUCGAUCGAUAUCUGGAGUGCCGGUUGCAUCAUGGCCGAGAUGAUCUCGGGUCUGCCGCUUUUCCGCGGACGCGACAACAACGACCAGCUCAACCAGAUCCUGCGCAUCCUCGGCACACCCGACGACGCCACCAUGAAGCGAUUGGUUAACGACUCGCCCGAGAUCCAGAUCCGACCUUUCCCACGCGUGCCCAGAGUGCCCUUCCAAAACAUGUUCCCCAAGGCGCAUCCGCUGGCCAUCGACCUGCUCGACAAGCUGCUCAAGUUCGACCCCACACAGCGCAUCUCGGCCGACGAGGCGCUCCGCCAUCCUUACUUCACCACCUCGGCCGCCAUCGCCGGUCUGCCCCACCCGCAGAGCAACAGCCAGCUCAACCUCGGCAACGGCGGCGGCGUCAACGGCGCGCCGCAGCAGGGCAGCUACCAGCAGGGCGUGCCUGGACAGCCUGUCAACUGA